AUCGGGAAAGACUUUGUGUGUUAGUGUGUCGCGGUGGAGCGCAGGAAAGAGGAUAGGUGGUGUGUCGGCAUGUAUGUGCUAAUGUGUGUUAGAGACACAGAGAGUCGGGCCUCUAAAUACUGCAGCCUCAGCUGGAUGCAGUGGAUCAACUGCUCCCUCCAUCCCCAUCUCAUUUCUCUUCUGUCAGCCCCCCCCCCUUCCACUGUCCGCCCCUCCCCCCUAUUCUCUCUGCCUCUCCCUCCCUCUUCCUCUCGCUGUGCACCUCUAGCUUCAGUAGCAGUAGUCUUGAGCAUCCUUGCUGCUGCUGCUGCUAUAAAUAUCUGCGGGUAGCCAUAGAGCAGCAGAGAGCGGCAGGCAGGCAGGCCAGAGGGAGGAGCAGAGGACAGGACAGGACAGGACAGGACAGGACAGGAACAGGACAGGGGGAAGGAAUCUGAGGCGUAGAGGAUAACAAGAUGACAGGCAGUCGAACCCAAAAAAGAAGAAGAGGACAGAAGAGGAGAGGGGAGCUGCUCGGCUAGCUCAAAGAAAGAUGAGAGUCUGUGUUUCUCUGUAUUCUGUGUUUUGUUUCUGGGCCUGUGCCGGACUGAGAAGUCAAAUCCGGGCCUGAACUUCACCUGGACUGCAUUGAAACUGUAAGCUGCGUUGUGCUGAGCUGAGUUAAGGACUCAACAGUGGAGACUGGAGCUGCUGGACCCUUUUUUGUUUUUAUUUAUUGUUUGUUUUUUUUUUUUUUUGUUUUUUUUGCCCGACCCCCUCGAAUGACUUUGCACGCGCGGGGGCCGUCCCGAACCUCGUCCCGGCCGCCGGCGGUUUAGCGUUUAGCGUGGACAUGCGGGCCGGCGCGGGCCGGGGCGGGGCUGAGAUGUCAUGCUCCUGUGUUGCUGGUGGUGCCUGAGGUCUGAGGCGGUGGAGCUGGAAAGCAGGAGGGUGGACCACCGCGUGCUGAACUGCGAGGGCACCGCCUCCACCGCUAUCACAGCAGUUUCCCUCGACCAAUGGCAGCCGGAGACGACCGACAAUGCCUUGCCGGCCUCCCAGAGUGUGAAGAAUUCAAGCUACUCGAGUCUGCCGUCCUACCACACCUACAGCAACAGCUAUGACUACUCGGACCAGAGGCCGAGUGAGCGCUCAGGCCUCUGCGGCCUCUCCAACCUGGGCAACACCUGCUUCAUGAACUCUGCUGUGCAGUGUUUAAGUAAUAUCUCUCCGCUGACGGAGUACUUCCUCAAAGACAAGUACACAGACGAGCUGAAUGAGGACAACCCGCUGGGCAUGAAGGGGGAGAUCGCCAGGGCUUACGCCGAGCUUAUAAAGCAGCUGUGGACGGGGAAGUACAGCUACAUCACCCCGAGGCCUUUCAAAACCCAAGUGGGCCGGUUUGCCCCUCAGUUCUCGGGCUACCAGCAGCAGGACUCCCACGAGCUCCUGGCCUUCCUCCUCGACGGCCUUCACGAGGACUUGAACCGCAUCAGGAAGAAGCCCUACAUCCAGCUCAAGGACGCUAACGGACGGCCCGAUAAGGUGGUGGCAGAGGAGGCGUGGGAGAACCACAUAAAGAGGAACGACUCCAUCAUCGUGGACAUCUUCCACGGCCUUUUCAAGUCGACGCUGGUGUGUCCUGUGUGCUCCAAGGUCUCCGUGACCUUUGACCCUUUCUGCUACUUGACACUGCCGCUACCCAUGAAGAAGGAGCGAACGCUGGAGGUCUAUCUGGUCAGACUGGACCCCGUGGCCAAACCAACACAGUACAAGCUGACCGUGCCGAAGGUGGGCUACAUCUCCGACCUGUGUACCUCCCUCUCCAGCCUGUCUGGGGUGCCUGCUGAGAAGAUGAUUGUCACCGACAUCUACAACCACCGCUUCCAUCGGAUCUUCGCCACCAACGAAAACCUCAGCAGCAUCAUGGAGAGAGACGACAUCUACGUCUUCGAGGUGGCCGUGAACCGAGUGGAGGACACGGACCACGUAGUGAUCCCGGUGCACUUGAGGGAAAAGUACAAGCAGUCGGGUUACAACCACACCAGCACGCCUCUGUUCGGACAGCCCUUCCUCCUCGCCGUCCCCAGAACCCUGAGUGAAGAGAAACUCUACAACAUGCUGCUCCUGCGCCUCUGCCGGUUUGUACGAUCUUCUGUGGAGGAAGACGAGGGCGACUGCGAAGAGACACAGCCGUCCAAACAACACACUGUUAACGGUAACGCUACUAAUGGACUGCUGGAGGAGGGCUCUCCGAGCGAGAUGGAGACCGACGAGCAGGACGACGAGUCCAGCCAGGAUCAGGAGCUGCCCUCGGAGAACGACAACAGCCAGUCGGAGGACUCGGUGGGCGGGGACAACGAACUGGAGAACGGCGUGGUCGGCCCGCAGAACUCCACCAAAGGCCAGCAGACGGCCGGGCACAACAGGAAGAGACUUUUUACAUUCCAGUUCAACAACAUGGGCAAAACGGACUUCUCGCUCAUCAAGGAGGACACCAGGCAGAUCCGCUUCGACGAGGGACACCUGCGACUCAGUGACCGCUCAUAUCUCUCCUUGGACUGGGAACCAGAGAUCAAGAAGAAAUACUUUGACGAGACCGUUGUCGAGGACUUCGACAAGCACGAGAGCAUGGAGUACAAGCCUCAGAAGAAGGCUUUCUUCAAGCUGAAGGACUGCAUCGAGCUGUUCACCACGAAGGAGAAACUGGGAGCAGAAGACCCUUGGUACUGCCCCAACUGUAAGCAGCACCAACAGGCCACCAAGAAGCUGGACCUGUGGUCUCUGCCCCCGGUGCUGGUGGUCCAUCUGAAACGCUUCUCUUACAGCCGCUACAUGAGGGAUAAACUGGACUCGCUCGUUGACUUCCCACUCAGAGAUCUGGACAUGUCUGAGUUCCUGAUCAACCCCAACGCAGGGCCCUGUCGCUACGACCUCAUCGCUGUGUCCAACCACUACGGAGGGAUGGGCGGAGGCCACUACACUGCUUACGCUAAGAACAAAGACGAUGGGAAGUGGUACAACUAUGACGACAGCAGCGUGUCUCCGGCCAACGAAGAUCAAAUAGUGUCCAAAGCAGGCUACGUGUUGUUCUAUCAGCGCCAGGACACGGUUAAAGGCACCGGCUACUUCGCUCUGGACCGCGAGGAGGAGGAGGAGGAGGACGAGGAAGAGGAGGAGGAGGCGGAGGAGGAAGAGAACGAAGGGGAAGAGAGACAGGAGAGGAAGGCCGCCUCGUCGACCCAGGCCUCCUCGUCCUCGUCCGCCUCCGCUUCCGCCGCCGCCGCCGCCACCGCUCAGAGCGACGAGGAGGACCUGAACGAGAACCGGCGCAGAAAGAACGACAACGAGCAGGAGGACGAAGAGGAGGAGGAGGAGGACGACGAGGACGAGGAAGAAGAGGAGGAAGAGGAGGAGGAGCAAGCGCCCAGUCGAGAUGUCGCCAUGAAAACCAACUGAGGUAAACGGGGACAGGAAUAAUCGGAGAGAGAACGGGAUCUUUCCAUCCAAAGCCAUAUGGACACACAGCAUGGCAGCGGGCGGCGUCGGUCCCACCCAGCGGACCUCGGGCUCAGCCCCUCGACAGGCAGAGCCACCGCGGGGCUGACGGUGGUUAGGUCAGGUAGCUGCCAGGGUACGCAACUCUAAGAAAAUCAGGGCCCUCCUCUGUGGUUGGAUCACUGUGUGUGUUAACGUGUGCGUGUAAUGUGUGCGAGUGUGUGUCGCCACGUCCAUUUGUCCAGAAUCACGAAAAAGAGUCACUGAACGACGACACCCGGGAUCGAUUCUCAAUCUCCCUCUGCUUCUUCUUUUUUUUUUUUUUUUUUUUUUUUUUAUAUAUGAGUAUAUUUUUGAGAGCAAUGCAUCGUCGGCAUAUCAUUUUAGUAUUAUUUAGAUUUUGUAAAUAUUUUAAACACUGAAUCGUAUUGAGUUUUCAUGACGAGCUAAAAUAUUAUGAACUUGCACAAUCACCAACCAUCCACCUUCCCCACCCCCCUUUUUUUUUUUAAAAUAUAUAUAUAUAUCUAUAUAUAUUUUAAUGCCAGACACUGCAAUUGUUUAACAACCUUGUUCCUCAGAGAGUUUUCUCACACUAAAAGCUUAGGAAGCUGCCUUCAGUAAGCCAGCGGUGAGGCGCGUCUACAAUCUAGACUUAAGGUAGAGAAGUAAAGCCCAUAGCUGUGGUUUUAUACAAUGUCAAACAGCCAAACUGUCGUAGCUUUGUGCUGCUGCUGCUGCUGCUGCUGUGAUUUUGCAUUUUUAGACUGAUUAUCAGUGUACUGGCUUGAGCCUUAGUGGUGAUUUAAGGUCAUGUGGUUCUCUAAUUUAUAUUUCUUAAAGCCUAAAACCAAGCAGUUAUCCAGCUAACGUCGCAGAAUAAACCAUAUUAUAUAGUGGCUGCUGUAGAACUUCUGCCUGAACGUAUGUCGCGCGGCGAGCGUCCGCUAAAAGGUUAGCCGGCGCGAACCGCGAACCGUCGACUCUCCCUCUUAAAGGAUCCUCCGUAGGUGGCGUUUAAAGCUUUACCGUCGGCCUCGCGCUCUUCAUGUAUCUGGCACUGUGAGAUUAGGAACAUCAGUGAUUCCGCUGACAUCAGAUGUCUCCCGUCGGGAUCACCUCGGCCUUAACCCUCAAUCUCGCAGCGGCCGCCUUCUGCUUUGCACAUCACCGCCGCGCCCUCCGCAAACACACAUCAGACGCUAUUCGCUCGUCACCCGCAUCCUCUUACAGUGUUUUUAACUCACACUGAGGGCCAGAAUGUAUGCUGAAGGGAAUGAAACACGACCAGAUGUAUGUGAUUGAUGCCUUUUUGAUUCUUUCUUUUUUUUUUUCUUUCACGGCUUCUUGGUUUGGUUAAUAGUAACGGGUUCUUCGCCUUGGAUAUCGGCCGAACGCUUUCCUUUCCAGAGGCGGGAGGUGGUGAUGCGUCUUUGUGGUCCUGAGCUGGGAGGGAAAGAGAGAGGGAGGGUAGAAGGAGAAGAUGGAGGGGAAAAAAAAAAAAUGAAAUCAGUGGGGUGAGUCCGCCUAAAAGGCCUUUCAGCUUUUGGGAUCACAAUACAAGUGAAAACGUUUUGCAGCGGGUCGUUGCAGGACGUUCCUCCAUCGAGGCGAUAAAACUAUUCUCCACGGUGGAGCGUCGUUUCCUUUUUUUCUACCUGUUCUUUCCAUUGUAAACAGCAUCAGCGUACCCGUUGUCGCCUCAGAAUAUUAGACGUGUACCAUGCCUUUACGAGCAUCUCUGUGCUUUGACUUCAGUGGGCUUCACGCGCCCUCGGCGCUGCCUUGCUUUUCGGGCGACUCACCCCAUCCCAACUGAGUGAGAUGUGACUGCUACUUAUAGGCUUAUACAAUAUUGUACAUAAGAGUUCACUCUGUGAGUGCACAUUUGAUAAAGUUUAUUUAUUUAUAUGUAAGCAUUUAAUAAUAAACAGACAAUAUAUUUAAAACCGCGGCAAGACCCAAAACGUCGUAGGGAGGGACGGGGAUGGGGAGGAGGGGAGGGGAGGGGGGCGAUGUGGCUCGAGUCCACACAGACACACUAGUUUGCAAAGUCUUGCCUGUGCUCUCGUCAGGGAGGGAAUAUUUUUAAAAAAUAAAAGGAUGAUUCUGUUUUGGGACUCUUUUUUUUUUUUUUUUCCUUUUCUUUUUUUUUUGUAAAAAUGAUCCAGACAUCCUUGCAUGAUGAUGUGUUGGGGGUUUCCAGGUUUGGCUGCACUUGAGUUCACUUGGGUUUACAUUUGAAAUGUGCAUGUGUAUUUAUACACAAUCUUCAAUAAAGUUGUGUAAAGCUU